CAACCCUGGUGGUUUUCUUAGAAUUGCUUCUCACAUAUUUAAAACAUGAGAAGGUGGAAGCAGCUAUCAGACGCAUUCACAGCAGAUCACUUCAGACACGUCAGUCGUACACUGAAGACAGAAUGAAGACUCUCGGCUUUGCAGCGGGACUCCUGCUGCUGAUCACUGUUUCCUACUGCACUGCCAUGCCUCGUGCAGUAAACGCUGUAGCGCCUGUAAUGUGCUGCUUUAACUUCUUCAGGGGAAGAAUUCCGCAAAGGCAGAUUAUCUCCAUCAUCAAGACUGACAGCAGAUGUGUUGAGAAAGGAUUUGUGGUCAGCACUGCUAGAGGGACCCAGAUAUGUGUGUGCCAGAAUCUCAACUGGGCACAGGAAGCUUACAAGCAACAGCACGACAUCUGGAAGAUAGAUGGAUAGAUAGAUAGAUAGAUAGAUAGAUAGAUAGAUAGAUAGAUAGAUGAUAGAUAGAUAGAUAGAUAGAUAGAUAGAUAGAUAGAUAGAUAGAUAGAUAGAUAGAUAGAUAGAUAGAUAGAUAGAUAGACUUUAUUGAUCCAAGCUCGAAAUUGCAGAAAAGAUAAAACGUAAAGAUCGAACAUAAAAGAUCAAUAAUCUCCAGCUACUCAACCUCUGGCCAUGAUCUCUGCUGAUCUUAGUCUAUGCUCGAUAGCACCUUUUUAUACCAAUGAAAACAUGUUUUUCUGAGAAGCUUUGCAUUGUGUGCUUAUAUAUACUAAAUAUAUUGAUAUAUGCAUUAAUAAAAUGAAAGGACAAAUAAAAA